AUGGUGAAAUCACGUGGUCGUCAUGGUCCACCGUUAACAGAAGAUUUAAUGCGUAAAUUUCAGUGUAUUGUUACCCCAUUGAAAAAACAAACUAAACAUAUGCAUAAAAAGCAUAUCAUGUUAAUGAAUCAAAAGCUACGUCGUCAACCAAUUGAAUCAUCUAAAAGUUGGAUAUUAUAUUAUUUUCAUUCAAAAUUAUGCAUUCAUUGCAGUCGUAUACGUUUAGUAUAUUUAAUUAUGAUUGUGAAAUUUAUUAUAUUAUUAUGCUUUAUUGAAGUAUUAUAUCGUUCAAGAGAAUGCUUUAAUUGGUUAUUCUUUUCUGGACCACAAAAAUAUUUAUUCCAGUAUAAUCAUGAACAAACAACAAAUACACAGAAUGUUGUACAACAUGAAGAAAUUGUAGAUAAUCAACAAACAUGGUUUUAUCGUUGGUCAAUGGAUCGGUAUUCAGCUAUUUAUGGUAUGAUAUUUGCCUUCGUGUGUGAAUCAUUACGACAAAUUGGUGUAUUAAAAGAUGGCGAAGAGGACUGUAUGAAUUCACCCAUAUUACCAUUACAUCGGAAUAGUACUAACCGUAGUUGCAGUAGUAAUAGUAGUAGGAGUAGCAUUGGUAGCAAUGAUAAUAAUAAUAAUAGUAUUAAUAGUAAUAUUAAUAAUGCUGAAAGAGGUUAUGUACAAAAAUGGGAGACUGGAAAUAAUUCAAUCUAUUAUAACACUACUCUGCUGCUACUACUACUUCUACUGAUCAUAAUAAAAGUAAUUAUUGUACACGAUCAAAUUCACUAUUCAACAGUCAAUAUACAAAUCAUGUAA